UCUCUCUCUCUCUCUCUCUCUCUCUCUCUCUCUCUCUCUUUUUAUGACCAGCUCUGCUACUUAUAAUGGCGUGUUGGUCAGAGCGCCCUGUUUACGCCUUUACCUUCAGUCCAAUGCGCGUCUGGGUGAUCCUAACCGUGGUGUGGUGUGUGGUAGGGGCCGCACCACCACCACCACCACCACCGCACCACCACCACCACCACCACAGCAAGCCUGGAAUACCUUUGAAAACCAUCACAUCACAAACAUCAUCAACUUCAACUGCUUCUACUGCUGCAACUACCACCGCUGGAGCCACGACGACCCCUGGGGGAGCUGGAGGGGGCCUUGAGACACCUUCCCAGCGCAACACCACCCCGGGGGACACCACAGGGGAGGUAGAAACACCGCGAAACAAGAGGCAGUGGUACCAACAUCCCUAUUUUAGAAAUUUCCCAAUGCCACAAAGUUUUCAAGGAUUCCAGGGGCCGUACACCCCCUGAGGCCUUCGACGGGUACCCGGGGGCCCCAGGACAUAGAUUCAACCCUGGGGCGUGGCCGGGGAUGUCCAUGGAGGAGGCUAUGCAGAUGAGAAGGGCGUUGGAACAGAAUUGGCAACACUAUCAAUGGAUGUGGGAUCAAGAGAGGAGAAGUAGAGGAUUGCCAGUCACCCCCCACCACCCGAUGUUCCCCCCCCACCCAUUCCCAUUCCCCCACCCCUUCCCCCACCACCUCCUCCCUCCUCAACACCUCCCAGGGUAUUAGCCAACCACGGGGCACUCUCUCUCUCUCUCUCUCUCU